AUGCUCUUUGAUCGUUUUGCCCUGGGCGUCGCCCUCCUUGUGCCAGCCGCUGCUGCUGCUCCAUCUGGUGAUAUCAAGCCUAGAGAGGAUAUCGUUGGAGGUUCUCCUGCCCGGGCUGGAGAGUUCCCCUGGAUUGUCUCGCUCUCUCGUCAGGGACGGCACUUCUGCGGCGGUUCACUCCUUAAUGAAAGAACCGUUGUCACAGCUGCCCAUUGCGUCGCGAAUGCAGACGCCAGGAGCACUCGCGUCCGAGCAGGCUCUACCCGAGCCUCUACCGGCGGAACCCAGGUCGGUGCCGCUACGUUCAUCUCUCAUCCAGGCUACAGAGGCUCGCCGGAAGGGGGGUCGGACAUUGCUAUCAUAAAGCUUGCCCAACCUAUCCGUGCCGGUGGCAAUAUCGCCUACGCAAAGCUUCCCGAAUCCGGCUCUGAUGUGUCUGGUGGUACCCAACUCGAGGUGGCUGGAUGGGGUGCUACGGAUACAGAGGGCCAAGGCGGGGGAAGCGAAACCCUCAACAAAGUCAGGGUUCCCGCGGUUGACCGCCAAUCAUGCAGCCGGGCAUGGCAAAGGGAGAUCGGUGGGCGGAUUGACGAGACCAUGAUUUGUGCUGGAUAUUCUCAAGGUGGGAGGGACUCGUGCUUCGGUGACUCGGGUGGUCCUAUCGUUGAUGCUAGUAGCCGCGUUUUGGUUGGCACUGUCUCGUUUGGUAAGCCAUGUGCUAAACCUGGCUUUCCCACGAUUUAUGGCAACGUCGGUGCUCUCUUGGACUUUGUCACGAGCAACAUGUAA